AUGACAUCUUCAACGACGAACGAAUCAAUUACUUCAAAUAUUGGAUUGGUUAGUUAAGAAAUUAAUGCUGUAUUAGUAAUUUAGAUGGUAUCCUGGUAAACUUUAAUGCGCUAAAACCAAUAUAAAUAGCUUAGAGUUGGAUCAGUAUCUUAAGUUCUUAUCUGAAAAUCAUGGCCUGAGCUUCCAUCACGAGUAAUCCAGUAAAUUAUCUUGAGCACAAUUAUUAUCAAUUCUUGUUCUUUUUUCUUUCUUCAUUGUCUUUGUGUUCAGUUCGAUGGACCGUGUCCCCACAAACAGUCGUGAUGCUUCCGCGUGUUUGUUCACCACCGUACAUCAUAUUUUCCGACGCCAAAACGUAUUCUACUCCACUCUCUUGCUCAUUUAAGACUCUCGACAUAGUAAUGUCUUCCAAAUGUAACCCGAACUCCUGAUAUCGUGAAACUUCAAAAAAAGUUUGAAUUUACGUUUGAUAGUAGUCUAGGCUUUAUACAAAUGUAUAUUGUAAACUCAAGCAAGCAGUUUCCGGCUCCGCCUCCAUCAAAAGCAGAUUGGUGCGCCAUAUAGGCGGAGUCUUGGGUACGGUCGUCGGCGUUUGUAGUAAGAAAUGGACUAGAGACUGGGCAGAGUGGGGAGAGUGCGACACAAAAUGGGCGGUUCAAUGCGGAUUGGCGGCGAUGGAAAUCGCAUUUUGGUUGGAUGAGCCGAUGCUAGAGUUGAACGUUUUGAGUGUUUAAUACCCUAAGAUUUAACGUAAUCCGAGUAGCGGAUUGCAACUUGGUAUGAUAGACUUAACACAUCCUCACCUGGACGCAAAGUUCCAGUCUAUUCCCUUCUUCUGCUCUCUUUCACGAAGCUAUGAGUAAGUGUUGAUCUAUCAUACCAAAACUUAAAAAUAGUUAUGUUAAGAUGGUUUUCAUUUCUUGUUUCCUUCUCAUCUCCUCACUAUUACUUAUUUUAAAGAUUCCUACGCAAACUGCAAUCGGAGGAGCAGCUAUGAACGGUGGAAACUUUGUAAGUUCAUUCUCUGUUUGUUGAAUUAAAAUUGCUAUAGUAACUUGUCCAAGUGAUUGAUUUCGUGAAAGUUGUUCUAACCAGUACCAGUAGCUUCCUAUUCGUCAUUUCCUUUCUCUCUACAGGUAGGAAAUGGUAAUCAGCCUGAUGACACCGAAAAACAAUCAAAUUCAAAUUCAAUUCUGAAUUCACAUGAUUCUGCUUCUUCGCUAGCCCAUGGAACUCUAACUCCUGGAACGACUAUUGCAUCCACGUAUCCAGUCACAACUACAGUCGACUCAGCUUCUCUCUACUUCCAGCUAUCGGUGUGAUUUUGCCUUUCUCAAAUAUAACCGUUUGCAUGAUUUUCUUCACCUUGACAAUGUGUGUACUAGAACUAUGGUUUUCUUGAUCCUCACCAUCUAGAAAAUAAACUAGAAGAGUAGAACAACCAUGAAAUUACUAAUUUUUCAGCCGAUGCCUUACUUGCCGAAUGUGAGCUCUGCAACGAGUGUGGCGAACAUGACAGCCUAUUUCAACAAUAAGGGAACUUAUCCGACGCCACAUCUUGGCUUCUCAUCACCUGCUGGACCUAACUUUCUGCCCACAAGCAUGGGAUAUAUCGGUGGAACUCUCUCGGAAUGCCCGUCUGCAACCAUGUCCACAAUGUCCUGGAAUGCAAAUCAACCAAGGUAAGCGAUAAUUGCUCUAGCUGUUACAUGCUUGCUAUUGACAACCACAAAAAUCAACGAAACAUUUUAGCUUCUCAAGAAAGCAACGUCGUGAGCGCACUACCUUCACCCGAAAUCAACUAGAAAUUUUGGAGAGUUACUUCGUCAAGACUCGUUACCCCGACAUUUUUAUGAGAGAAGACAUGGCUCACAAAAUUCAAUUGCCAGAGAGUAGAGUCCAGGUAUGAAUCACAAAAAAUCGUAAGACAUUUCCAGUAAAUUUUCAAUACAGGUUUGGUUCAAGAAUAGAAGAGCAAAAGCAAGGCAGCAAAAGAAGACAAUGCCAAGUAAUGGAUCUGCUAAUGUCCUCAAUGGGUAGGAUCACUAUCUUUUGAUGAAUUCAUAUCAUUGCAAUGUCUUAAAGGUCUAAUGGUGCCUCAAGUGGCGGAUCUACCGGAAGCGAAGUCCAGCCUUCUAGUCCAGCAACCACUGAUAGCGAAUUAAAGUUUAACGACACAAUCAAGGAAGAAUGCGAAGAUCAGUCUACAUCUCCAUCCUCUGAAGAACAAAAAGUCGUGAACCCUUCGUAUAUCGACCCAAUUUCACCGUCAUCGUCGACCAGCUCUUACAACACAGCGACUUCUUUCCGACCCCAAGUUCAAUAUGCUUAUGGUAUGCUUCGAGAUUGGGAGAUAUAAUCUGUUCUGAAUGCGAUUACAGGAACCUACCCAGAAUACUUUCAAUACGGUCAAACCAACACCAACCCAACCAGCUCGUAUAGUUUGGAUGGGACGUGGAAGUUUCAGAUGAGCUGA